AUGGAUGCAAAAAGAAGUGGCCUUGAAUUUAACAAAACUGCUGAAAAAGUGGUUAUGGAACCAUAUAGUUACAUAUGUAGUACAAAUGGGAAAGGAAUUCGCAGUGCAUUGGUGGCAGCUUUUAAUUACUGGCUGAAAGUUCCUGAAAGCGUUUUGAGUAUCAUAUCGAGUGUAAUCCAAAUGCUGCACAACGCCAGUUUGAUUAUUGAUGACAUCGAAGAUGGUUCUCACUUACGGCGUGGUAAACCAGCUGCUCAUUGUAUUUUUGGAGUCGCACCGUCUAUCAAUUCCGCAAACUAUGCUUAUUUUCUUGCUCUAGAAAAAUUAUCUCUACUAGAACGUCCUGAAUCGGUAAAAAUAUUUACAGAGCAAAUGCUUGUAUUGCAUCGUGGACAAGGUAUGGAUAUAUUUUGGCGCUCCUCUUUUAAGUGUCCAUCAGAAUCAGAAUACGAGGCUAUGGUAUUAUGUAAAACUGGUGGUCUGUUCAGUCUAGGUGUUCGUCUAAUGCAAUUGUUCUCUGAAAAUCAAACAGAUUAUAAACCUCUUUUGGAUGCGAUUGGUCUGUUUUACCAAAUUCGUGACGAUUAUGCAAACUUAGUUGAUUUAAGUUAUCAUAGAAAAAAAACAUUCGCAGAAGAUUUAACUGAAGGAAAAUUCAGUUAUCCUAUUGUUCGUGCCAUUAACGAUUAUCCUGAUGACAACCAAGUGAUGAAUAUUCUCUCACAGCAUACCUCAAAUUCAUCAUUAAAACUUUAUUGUGUUAAACAUUUGUUAGAGUUGGGUGCAUUAGAACAAACUGUAUUGAAGUUAGCUAAGUUGGAAGAAAGAUGCAGUCAGUUGAUUGUGAAGUAUGGCAAUAAUCCCUUGCUUUCUGAGGUAAUCCAAAAACUAACUGACCUACAUCGUACACCUGAUGGACAUUUACGGUUUAUUACACCAAGGGAUCUCAACUAUGACUCAUUAGAUCACAAUGAGAUAUCUAUUGCUAGCGAUCAUAUUGAUCCUAUUCCUAAAUGAGAGAUACAGUAAUAAUGAUAGUGGAUGUGAAAUAUAUAAAAAUUUAACAAAUUAACUACACUUUUUUUUAUAUUUUAUUUUAUUAUUUAUUCUCUGAAGAAGUGACUUACACUAAGUCACGAAACGUCAGAAAAUCCAAUUUUCUACUCAUUGGGAUAUUACAAAUAUAUUAUUUUUAUUUAUAACUACACUUUGUUUGUUUCCAAUUGAGUGCGGGAAUAACCGAUCUAUUUAUCAAAAUUUAUUUGCAACACUUAUAAUUAAAUAUGUGCAUCAGUAAAAUAUAUUCCACGAUAUCUUUUUUUAUACUACACUGAUGGAAUUGUUUCGUUUCAGUUUUGUGUUUACCUUUUUUUUGAAACUGUGAUGAUAAUUUCCACCUCUGUAUCAUUUUCUUUAUCUCUUUGCUUUGUAUUUUAUUCCUUACAUUUUUAUACAUUUGAUCUCUUUCCUUUAAUUUAUGUAAACAG